UUGUCUGGUAUCGGUGACUUGACGUCAGUGAACCCUCGUUCUGGAGCGCAAAGGAGAAUAAACGCGGUGCACAGAUGUGAUGUGAUUGAUCCCUGCCAAUACUCUGGAGCCCUUCAACUCUUAAACAGAUCCUGCUAUGGUGAGGUUUGCCAGCUAUGACGGAUGUCGAGGUGACCUACGAGGACUUCAUUGCCUCGCGGCGGUCCGGUCGCAGAAACGCCGUCCAUGAAAUCCAAGCAGCCGCUGGAGCACAGGGACCCAGUGACCUGUCACAGAGUCUGGCACAGCUCAACGUCAACCAGUCAGGUGAAAAAGGAGAAGAUGUGGAGCAAAGCCAGGGCUCUGCAGCCAAACAGGAAGACUCUCAAGGUGAGAGCAACUAAACGGCAACCAGCGCUGGAUGUUUACGGACUCAAACCCUGGCCGCUAGGAAGCCGACCGCACCAUCUCACUCAAUAACGACAAACACGCACAGCGAAAUCCUCUGCUGCCAACAUCCGGCUUGCCAUCAACUACAAUGCGGCGUCCCCUCUGCACUUGGGAGUGUUCCCAUAUACUUUCACGCCUCCUUUCCUCUGUGCCUUUCCUUUACAGUUUGUUGAUGUGAUGUACAGUAUAUGACGUCUGCAACCAGAGCCAGUUUGUCUGUUUGUCGGUGUUUUUGCAGGGUGAAGAGAGAAGGGAACAGAGGUCAGUCAAGGAUUUUAGAUCAGGCUGGAAUGUUUCCUCUGAAUUAGUCUCCUGUCCCCUUUUAUUUCAUUUCUACAGGUACAGAACCCAGGACAGUUGCGUAUUACCUAUUAAUGCCAAUUUAUAAUCUCCUUAAAUUAUUUCUUAUGUUUAUUUAUUUUGGGUUGAGCAUAGAUUUCAUCCAUCUCCUUGGUGUUGGAGUGAAACAGAUUUCUAAUUGACGUCCUAGGGGAGGCAAUGUAUGUAUGUAUACUCUACUUUAUAUACUUUUUCUCUUACACACUGACACAGAUGCAGCCAGUGUCUGAUUAUACUUAACAUCCCAUACUGAGUGCAGUAUAUUAAGAUUAUUUCUUAAUAUGAGUCCUAACUCUUAAGAUUUUUUUGUAGAUUACCAAUGAAUAGGAAAAUCUUUGAAAGUGUCCAAUAAUAUAUAAAAUGCAACUGAUAGACGAUUUACAACUGUGAUUCACAUUGUGAACAUUUUGUACGAGACAAAAAAAACCCAUCAACAUGGUUGCUAGUAGUUUUCUAACAGCAUUUUUUCAAUGACAUGUAAUCUUGUGUAUUCAGUCAUCUUUAAUUAUCCCUCUCAGUGUCAACAUUUUAAAUACACUAUCGUUCGUUCAGCGUUAUCCAAAUAUGAUUUGUUGAUAGUGGGCGUUAAGAGAAAUCAUUUAUUUGCUGCUGGAGAUUAGAAGAAUUACAAGACUGACUGCACUGAUGGACACCGAGGGUUUUUUUAUAUUUAUUAUUAUUAUUGCUCUGUAUUUUGUGAAUAUACACGUCACAUACUGUGGAUUAUAGGGUCCGCCAGACUAGUUAUUGUUGGGAUUGUACAGACUACCAGUCAUUUUGUAUUGAUUUACCUUUUUUAUAGAGAAUGGAACCAGCCCUCUUAAUACCACAAUAGUAGCUGUGGGAUAAACUGCCUUGAUUUGUGAUACUAAUUAAACAUGCACUCAAAUUAAUGUUGUAUAACACUGAUAUAUUUGUGUAAUUGUUACUUUUUAUAUUCCAUCCAUAUCUGAUCAGUUCAUUUUGUUUUUAGAAAGAUUUGAAAUGGUACAGUUUAUUGAUGUAGAAUUAUGUCAAAAAUCUGAGUUUGUGGGCAUUUUGUUUUUACAACGUAGCUACAAGGUCAAGGAUAACUUAAUAAGUGAGGUUUGUUAGGUGUGUAUCGUCAUUCAUGAGUCAUGUUUUCUGUGUUAAACUAUGUGAUGUCCCCACAUCUGACUUUGCCAGGUUUGACGUGCAGUUUUAAACACUGCUAGUGAAAAAUUAAACUCUUUCAAAACAAA